UCCCUCAAGUGUUAUCUUCCCUGCAGGGUAGAAAUUUUACUGUACAAUGUGAAAACUCCAGUUUCAAACAGCCGCUUUGCAUAGGGCUUCGCACAAAGUUCUUUCGCAGAUUCAGCAACGAAAUGAAACGCAGAAAGAUUGCCAUCGCCGCUGGGUUUUGCUGUUCAUUCUUCCUGGGCACUUUAUUGAAUUUGUUAUUUAUCCCUGGAUUUGACCAUCACCAUCAUCAUCAUCAUCAGCAGCAGCGUUUUGAGGGACCAGGGCAGGAUCACCUCAGCAUCGUCCCAUCCACAUAUUUCAACCGGGGGACCGACCAAGACCUGUUGAAGCAACUGAAAGAAAGGUACCAGGAGGUUGUCCGCUAUCGGCAGCAGCCUGGCUCCACGGCGGCUGCAGGGAGGCUCGCUAGACCGCUAGAGAGGCGCCUGAUGGACCUAGCACAGAACAGUUCCCCCGACCAACUGCAACCCCAGCAUCAGCCGCAACCACAGAGCCACACCGGUUUCCAGAAGAACCGGCUACUGACUGCGCCCGGAGAAAGUACCUUCGCCUCGAGCAGUCCGAUUCGGUUCCAUUCGCUUCCCCUGGGCUGUAGGGAUAUUAAUAACGCGAGCAGUGUCCAUUAUUUAGGCUCUGGCUACACAAAGGCGGUGUACAAAGCGGUUCUGAAUGAAACGCUGGCAGUGGCCUUAAAGUCGGUGGACUUUGGAGGACAUGACAUGGAAAACUGUGUCAAGCAGUACGGGGCACUGGAAGAUUGCUACAGACUAGCAUCGUACAAACUUGUCAAAGAGAUGACACUAUUACAACGGCUGCAGCACUCAAACAUUCUAAAGCUAUAUGGUUACUGUUACCAGGACAGCAAUGACAUCGCAGACACAUUGACCACUAUCACAGAGCUUGGGUCUCCAUUGGAGAUGAUUCAGCUUCUGCAAACUUCAUGGGAGGAGAGGUUCCGAAUAUGUUUGAGUUUGAUACGCUUACUACACUAUUUGGCCCAUUCACCUCUUGGCUCAGUGACUUUGUUGGAUUUUCGCCCUCGACAAUUUGUCAUUGUUGAUGGUGAACUAAAAGUGACGGAUUUGGAUGAUGCCAGUAUCAGUGAAACACCCUGCUCAAGCAAUAGUGACUGUUUUAUGGAAUUUCCAGCCCGAAAUUUCACUUUAAUAUGUUCCUUGGAGGGCAGAUGUCAAAGCAUGAACGAAAAACGGAAUCUCUACAACGCAUAUAGGUUUUUCUUUACCUACCUCUUGCCGCAUAGUGCUCCAUCAAGUCUGCGGUCACUGCUGGAUACUGUAGUGAAUGCCACAGGGGAGUUACACUGGGGUAUAGACGAGACACUGACUCAGCUAGAGGAAGUUCUGUACCUGUUCAAGAGUGGGUUAUAUCUGCAGAAUGUCACAAGAAGCCAAACAUCUGAAUACAAACAGUUAGCCAAUAUUGCUGUCCCAGAUGAAAAUUAUCGGUGUUGGCCAUCUUACCACCAUGAAGGCUGCUUGCUGUCUGUCUAUGAUCUUAAUGAAGCCAAGGAGAUAUGUGAUAGCCAUUCUCAGUGCCAUGCCUUUGUUCUGACCAACCAGACAACUUGGACAGGUCGCCAUCUUGUUUUCUUCAAAACCAGUUCGAAUCGUGUAGUGCCUGCGGCAGAGAAAAUAACAUUUGUAAAAGUGGCAGACUGAGUAUCAGAUGAGCCGAGGAUACAAAAGAACUCAAGCCAUCCUAGCAGGGAAUAAAAAGCAAGGCUGACUGCAGGAUGAAGUGCUUCAGCUCUGGCUUGUGUUUUUUUCCUAUGGGGUAUCUUGUAAUGGGAUGAAAGAAAGGGUGAUCAGGAUCGCCUGGAAAAUGUGCAAUACUGUGAGGGUAGGGGAUAGUGAGCAGAAGAACAAUCGACACGGGUAUGUGGCUUCCUAAUGCAAGGUCACUGCCAUUUAUUUCAGCGUUAUUUCAUUUGGAAAUCUCCUCUACAUCUCUUGUCACUGUUCAAGCACAGAAGCCACCUCAGAAUGCUGAGUGAACUAAGCCAAACCAUUAUGUCACUGUUUGGAGUAGAUGAAGAGGGCAUUUUGAAAUGAUAAUAAUGCCAACAAUUCCAAAAUAUCAGGGUUCAGAAAUAAAUUUAGUCACGCUGAGCUCUUGGCAUUUUCAAUCUUGCAGUAUAAACAUUUCAUUAAUUACCCUCAUUUUUAUUUAUUGGUGCUAUCGUUCCCUCCCGAUCUGACUUGCUACACAGUAACUUCCUGCAAAGAUUUGCUCCAACCUUCACUGACAUUAUUCCUAAUAGCUGAUAGGGAAAUUUAUGUGAGCAAUUGGGGAAUUGAUACCCCAUUCCAAAUACUCCCUUUAUCUAUCAAAAUCUCAGGGAAACUCAGGUUUGAGAUCUAUCCCUUAAAGAUAGGUCCUUGGAAUAUUAACAUGUUCAGAAGUUCUUCUUUUCUGCUAUUUUACCUUCAUGCCUAAUUCCGAGGCACUAAAUGUUGCCAUUCCCUUGACUAAUCUACCACCUAAUAAUAAAUAUGCUUCAUUAUUUUGACAAAACCAACAUUUAUCAAUUCUUUGCUGUUCAGUAACGUUAGUGGAGGAAAACCUAAGAAUGCAGGAAAAUUAAAGCAUUAAUGUACACCAAGAACACAAUCACAAGUGAUGCAAGGUGUAUUUUCAAAUGUAUUUUCUGUGAUGGACAAAGUUUGUCUUGUUUAUUUGCUUUCAGUGAAAGUAUUGUUGAUGCAACGACAUCUGUCAUGAUUCUUUCUGGCUCCAAGAGGUAAUUUUCCAACAUUACAUUUCAGUAAGGGAAUGUUACCCAUCAGAUUUCAUGUUGGAAGUUGUGAUGUGCACUGUGCAUGACUUUUUUGUCAUUAUCUUGUGGCAUCAUAUAACUCAUAUCUGAAUUUCUGAACUGGGUGAGGCUUUCUACUGAGCGUACAGUCAGAAAAUCACCUCUUUAAUAUUUUUUUAAAAUGUGAUAUACAUGUUUUAGUGCACAUUUAUUUAUUUUUUUGUACUGAAACAGCAUUAAACUCGAUGAAGUGAGCAUCAA